AAAUUAUAAUCGAUGAUAUUACGUUUGGAAAAAAACAACUAUAAAUUUCAUUAUAUUAUGAUAUUUUGACAUCAAAUUUAAGCUUAUGGCAAAUUAAUUAUUGACUACGACUACCUCCAAUUGAGACCACUAAGUUUUUUUAGUAGGAAUAUAUUGGUUACUUUAUAUUUCAGAAACAUCAUUAAGAUAAUUUACAAAUAACUACAGUACAGUACUCAAAAAAAUGUUGAAAUCAGUUUUAAGACAACUAUAUAGACAUAAGUCUUCAUCAUCUCCUGAAAAUAUUAUAACAACUAUCAAGUCAGUUAAUUCAUAUCGUAUAACUCUUGCAGAUCCUAAAACUAGAUACAAACAUACAAUCCUAAUAUUUAAGUAUCAGCAAAUAAAUAGUUUAAUAAAGCAUAGAAAUACACUAUCUAUUGUUGCACUCCAACAUUUAAUUGAAGAAAUAAAAAAUGCAGGGGAUGAUUUAUCUUUAAAAAGUAUAGUACUAUGUGGAAAUGGACCUGUUUUUUCUGCCGGACACAACCUCAAAGAACUUAGCAUACCAGAAAACCAGAAAAUGAUAUUCUCAUUAGCUACAAAACUUAUGAAUACAAUGAUAGAUUGUCCUAUACCUAUUAUAGCAUGUGUUGAUGGUAUAGCUGCAGCAUCGGGUUGUCAAUUAGUAGCAGCUUCAGAUAUGGCGAUUUGUUCAAAUCGCAGUUCUUUUUCAACACCUGGUGUAAACCUUGGUUUGUUUUGUUCUACUCCAGGAAUUCCACUGACUAGAGUUAUGUCGAAAAAAACUGCGGCUUAUAUGUUAUUUACUGGUACACCAAUCAAUGCCGAAGAAGCCCUUAGAACUGGUCUUGUUAGUAAGGUUGUUCAACCUGAAGAAUUAGAUGAUGAAAUUACCAAGUUGACAAUAUUAAUUGGUCAAAAAAGCCGUUCUGUUAUUGCUUUGGGGAAGAAAUUUUUUUACAGACAAAUCGAUGAAAAUAUUAAAUUGGCUUACAAGAAUGGAGAACAAAUUAUGCUAGAUAAUUUAGAACUCAAUGAUUGCAAAGAAGGUUUACAAUCAUUUGUUGAAAAAAGAAAACCCAAUUGGUCAAAUUAAAAAUAAAAUGAAACUUCCAUUUAAUAAAACAAAAUUAUCUAUAAAACA